UGUACCAAUGCCGCUCAACUAGGUUUUCCCUACUGAGGGCACUAGUACAAAUAUGCCAGUUUAUACUUCUGUUACAGCUAUUAUUGCCCAAGAAAUUCUGCAGACUAUACCCAAUGCUACAAAAACUGUCACUGACUUGAGCAGCGUGCUGAACUUGCGUCAGAAUUGGGUCGUCGGAGACUGCAAAAUCGAACAACUUGACGCUAACCAUGAUGACAGUCCUAUUAAACAGUGCCACGUUCAAGGUAGCUGGGAAGGAGUGCGUGAUUUAUAUGAUGCUUUAGCUAGUGAGUAUGAUCGACAUUUGGGGACUAGGUUAGUACAAGGUUGUAGUUCGUCCGCAGACCCAAAAGAUUGCACACCAUCAUCAUCAUCAUCUUUUUCAUCGUCUAUUCCUGUUCAACUUGGCCAAAUGCACAGUGAAGCUUAUGUGAUGCAAAAUCCAACAGUUGGUAAAAUCAGCCAAGGUAGCGUCAUAAGAGACAUGAAUACUGCAGCAAGUGACAACAGUGCCAAAAUACUUGCUCCGAGUCAUCACACCCCAAUAUGGACAGAGAGCCUUGGUAUAAAGAAUGAUGUACGUGUUAGCCAAGAAGAGCAUCAUUUAGAGGAAGAUAAAAGCAAUGAAAUGGACCCUGGUGAAAAUCUCCAUAAAGUUAUGCCACGGACGAAAAGAGGCAGACCACUCAGGAAGAGGUAUUGUUUACAGAAUGCUGCAAGGAAAGGACAAAACACUAAUUCACAGUCUGUAGCCCUGGGAGUAGAAGAUGCCGACAAAUAUGAACAAAUGUGUGACUUCUGUGAUGUUAUUUCAAAGACUUGCAAUGAUUACUGUAACCAUAUUAUGAAUGAACAUAUGCUGGAGAAAUGGGUCUGUUCUCUGUGUGGUCUGGUAGGUAAAGACAAAGCAAGCAUGAAGGAUCAUUUGGUAUGUAAACACUGGAAGCUGAGAUACUUAUGCCACAAGUGUGGAAAAACAUAUAAGCGGUCAGACUACCUGCAAUUGCAUAGUUGUGGUGGGAAAAAGAAGGUGAAAAGACCCCCAAGUAAUUUUCCAUGUCUUAAGUGUGGAGAGAAAUUUGCCAAGAAAACAGGUUUGGUGGCGCAUUUAAAAGGAUGUGAGAAAAAUCUAAACUCAGGGGCUGAGUCAGGGACAGAAUUCGGUGAGAUGACCAUGCUACAAAUGGAAAAUAAUCCUGUUGGUGACACAUUUCAACAAACUUCCACCAUAAGGACUCAACAGGACAAUCCACUGAAUGCUGGUGGCAUUGAUAGAAAAAUGAAAGAGACGAACGAUGUUGCUAAGAAAAUGAAGUCAUUUAACUGGAGUAACAUAAAACCUCACUGUACAGUAGAGAAAGGGAAAGUAUCCUGCAAAUACUGUGACUUUAAAAGUGAAUACCGUUGCCAUUUCAAGGUUCACAUGAAAAGAAAGCACCUGCAGAAGUCUUUACAGUGUUCUUUAUGUGACAAGAUGUUUGGUAUCAGAGCUGAUAUGAAAAGCCAUCUGGAAAAAGUUCACUACAAAGUCAGGCAUGUUUGUAGGAUAUGUGGAAAAAAAUUUACAACCAAAGUAGGUUUGUAUUUGCACACAAAACGACACACCUGUGAAUCUCAAUCUUUCCGUUGUGAAUUAUGUGAAAGAUUAUUUGCCAGUGCACAGUACCUGGAGGUACACAAACUUAAGGCACACAGUGCCAACCCUCCCUCAUAUGUCUGUGAGCAAUGCGGCAAUGCAUAUGCCAGCAAGUAUUAUUUACUGGAGCAUCAGAGAAUGCAUGAAGGUACCCCUCUAUACUGGUGUCCACAUUGCUGUAAGCCGUAUUACUAUAGGAGGUCUUAUGAACAGCAUUUGGAAACCCACAACGAGCAUAAAAGAUACCAGUGUCAAGUCUGUGGGAUGCAGAUGCACACCCGUGGUGCACUGAAUACACACAUGCGAACACAUACAGGAGAGCGUCCAUAUGCCUGUGAGGAAUGUAAGAAGAGGUUUACACAGAAAAGUGCUCUAACACGCCACAAACGUAUCCACACUGGAGAAAAGCCAUUUCAGUGCCAGUUGUGUGCUAGAAAGUUUAAUGAUGCUUCCAUAUUGAGAAGGCAUAUGGCCAUACAUCAAAAGUCAUAAAAAUAGUGGUAUUAACUGUGUACUUAUUUUAAUUAUUGUGCCAAAUACCCAAUUUGUUUUUGUAGAGUGACUUUAUUAUAAUUUAGAUAGCAAUCUUUAAUACUGUGCAAUUUUUGUCUUCACAAUUUUAUUUUUUUCCAAACUUUCUUUGGUGGUUUUGUUCCAGAAACUGAUCUGCCAUUUAAUUCAUAACUUUUCUUAUGAUAUACUGUAAUUAUAAGAAAUUAAUUUAUUAUAAAACCCAUUUUACUUUUUACUUACGUAUGUUAUUUUUUUACACGGCAGCAAGUAGUUAUGUAUGUACUUUAUGAUAAUUAAAUUCAAUCUCACUCUUCAUAUUUGUUUCAUACCAGCCAUGCAGUUUGUGAAAGUAACCCAGAUACAUGUAUUAGUUAAUAUUUGGCUUGAGUUAACUUUGAACUGUGAAAAUUAUCCUUUUACAAAGAUGGUGCUGGAACCCGUUUUUGAUAUUUAGUUGAGUUUGUUUAAAUUAACAUAAAUAUCACAUAUUUUACUAUUGAUGUUGAUGAAGAGGUUUAUAUACAGUAGUCUUCAGAAUAGUGAUGUCGACCAAGAACUGGAUUUUUACCAAAAGCAAGUGUAUAAUUUGAUAUGUACAUGAAUGUUUAUGCCCCCCAGACUUCAAAAGUUACAACAUAGCUGUUAUUUGGCAUCACUGUUGUCUGAUUGAUAACCUUUUCUUUUGAAGUUUUGGUGUUGAUGCUAUUUGUCAGUAUUUUAAAUUUUAAAAAUU